AUGCGUCGUGUCCACACCUGCGACGACUAUCAGCACGAUCUGUCAGAACUGUUCCGUAUCGGCGGCAAUUCACCAGACACCAACUACCUUUUCAUGGGUGACUACGUCGACCGAGGAUACUACUCAGUGGAGACAGUAACGCUACUCGUUGCACUCAAGCUACGAUACAGCGAUCGAGUGACCAUCCUCCGCGGAAACCACGAAUCACGACAGAUCACGCAAGUGUAUGGCUUCUACGAUGAAUGUCUUCGAAAAUACGGCAACGCCAACGUCUGGCGAUUCUUCACCGACCUCUUCGACUACCUCCCCCUCACCGCCCUCAUUGACAAUCAAAUAUUCUGCUUACACGGCGGUCUCUCGCCAUCUAUCGACACCCUCGACCACGUUCGCUCAAUCGAUCGAGUACAGGAAGUACCACACGAAGGCCCGAUGUGUGAUUUGCUGUGGUCUGACCCAGAUGACCGUUGUGGUUGGGGUAUCUCACCGCGCGGUGCUGGGUAUACGUUCGGCCAAGACAUCUCAGAGGCAUUCAACCAUAAUAAUGGACUGACGCUCGUUGCUCGGGCGCAUCAACUAGUUAUGGAAGGUUAUAGUUGGGGUCAAGAUAGAAAUGUAGUAACAAUCUUUAGUGCACCAAACUACUGCUACCGAUGUGGUAAUCAAGCCGCGAUCAUGGAGAUAGACGAAAAAUUAUCUUAUAGCUUCCUACAAUUUGAUCCUGCCCCGCGGGCCGGGGAACCUCUUGUGUCGCGCCGUGUACCUGACUACUUCCUUUGA